AGCAACAUCUGAUGCAACAUAACAAAAUCAGCUUUCUGUUUGUGUAUAAAAUAUUUCCGUGUUGUGGACCUCGCUAGACUAGAUCUAUUUCAUUCAGGGAUCUUCAGUGGUUCAAGAAAACACAUUGUAGUAAGAAAUGUCGGAGAAUAGCGCAAGUAACCCUGCGCCGGCAGGGGAUGCGGGCCCAGCAGAUGGUCAAGCACCGAAGCAGAAGACUGAAAAGGAAUUGAAGAAGGAAGCACAAAGACUAGCCAAACUGGAGAAGUUCGAGGCUAAAAAGAAGAAGAUGCAAGCAGAAAAGAAAAACCCUGAUGAGUCAUCAGAUAACAAGAAAAAGAAAGAUGAAGGAAAGAAGAAGCAGGUGAUUACAUAUGAUGUCCCAACAGAGAAAGGUGCCAAAAAAGACACCAAGUGCCCCAUGCCUGAUGCCUACAGCCCAGCAUAUGUGGAAGCAGCUUGGUAUGAAUGGUGGGUCAAGGAAGGAUUCUUCAAGCCUGAAUAUGGAGGCCGAGACUUGGCAGCAACUCCGUAUGAGGACAAAUUCAUCAUGAUGAUCCCGCCUCCCAAUGUGACAGGCACGCUCCAUCUGGGUCAUGGACUCACUAACUCCAUCGAGGACUGCCUGGCUAGAUGGCACCGCAUGAAGGGCAAAGUGGUACUGUGGGUUCCUGGCUGUGACCACGCAGGUAUCGCCACGCAGGUCGUGGUGGAGAGAAAACUGUGGAGGGAACAGCGCAAGACCAGGCACGAUCUCGGACGAGAAGCUUUCACCAAAGAAAUCUGGAAGUGGAAGGAGGAAAAAGGCCAUAACAUCUAUGAGCAGCUGUAUGCUCUCGGUGGCUCAUAUGACUGGGACCGUGUCUCUUUCACCAUGGAUGAAAAACUGUGCAGAGCUGUGACGGAAGCCUUUUGCAGGCUUCAUGAGAGAGGCCUCAUCUACCGCAGUGUUCGUCUCGUCAACUGGUCAUGUGCUCUCAACUCAGCUAUCUCUGAUAUUGAGGUGGACAAGCAAGAAGUUGAAGGUCGGACUUUGCUGAGCGUCCCAGGCUAUGCAGAGAAGGUUGAAUUUGGCGUGCUUACAUCUUUUGCCUACAAGGUCUGCGACUCUGAGGAAGAAAUCGUCGUGGCCACCACUCGUGUUGAGACAAUGCUGGGAGAUUCCGGCGUCGCUGUUCACCCAGAGGAUGAACGCUACAAACAGCUGCAUGGCAAAUUUGUCCAGCAUCCGUUUUUCCCUGAUCGUAAAUUGCCGAUUGUCUUGGAUGAGUUUGUGGACAGAGAGUUCGGCACAGGUGCUGUGAAGAUCACCCCCGCCCACGACCACAACGACUACGAGGUGGGCAAGAGGAACAAGCUUCCUUUCAUCACCGUCAUCGACAACGCUGGGCUCAUCACACAAGACUGUGGACAGUUCUCUGGCAUGAAGCGGUUUGAUGCUAGGAAGGCCGUGCUCCAGGCCCUCAAGGACUUGGGUCUGUACAGGGGGACCAAGGACAACCCUAUGGUGGUGCCCAUCUGCAGCCGUUCCAAGGAUGUGAUAGAACCUCUGCUCAAGCCCCAGUGGUACGUAGACAUGAAGGAGAUGUCGGACAAAGCCGUGGCCGCUCUGAGGGGAGGCCAGCUCAACAUUGUGCCCGAGAUGUUCCACAAGACCUGGUACUCUUGGCUGGAGAACUCACGGACACUGAUGGGAACUACUGGGUCAGCGGUCAGUCUGAGGAGGUGGCCAGACAGAAGGCAGCAGAGAAGUUUAAAGUUGACCCCAGUGACAUCACCCUGACCAGAGAUGAAGAUGUUCUUGAUACAUGGUUUUCCUCCGCUCUCUUCCCUUUCUCCGUCUUUGGAUGGCCUGAUCAGACGGAUGACGUGAAGGUUUUCUACCCAGGCACACUGCUGGAGACGGGACACGACAUUUUGUUCUUCUGGGUGGCCCGUAUGGUCACCAUGGGCCUCACGCUGCUCGGAGACCUUCCCUUCAAGGAUGUAUACCUACAUCCGAUGAUCAGAGACGCCCACGGUCGCAAAAUGAGCAAGUCAAAGGGCAACAUUGUCGACCCGGUGGACGUCAUUCACGGCAUCUCUCUGGAGGAGCUGAACAAGAAGCUGUUAGGGUACAACCUGGAGGACAAAGAGGUCAAGAUUGCCAUUGCUGGGCAGAAAGCAGACUACCCCAAUGGUAUCCCAGAGUGUGGAGUCGACGCUCUACGUUUUGCCCUGGUGGCCUAUUCUGCACAAGGACGUGACAUCAACCUGGACGUGAUGCGCAUCCAGGGCUACAGGUUUUUCUGCAACAAGUUGUGGAACGCCACCAAGUUUGCUCUCACCAGUCUGGGAGAGGGGUUCCAGCCUUAUCCAACUCUACAGCUGACUGGCAAAGAGAGCCUGAUGGACCGCUGGAUCUUGAGCCGACUUUCGCAAGCCAUCAAGUUGGCGAACCAGGGAAUGGAGAGCUUCGACUUCCCCGCUGCCACCACCGCUGUGUACAACUUCUGGUUGUAUGAGCUCUGUGAUUGGUACCUGGAGUCCCUGAAGCCGCUGAUCCGAGGAGAGGACGAGGACGCCAAGCUGGUCAGUCGCAACGUGCUGUUCACCUGCCUGGAUGAGGGCCUGCGUCUGCUGCAUCCUUUCAUGCCCUUCGUCACGGAAGAGCUGUUCCAGAGGUUGCCGUGGCGAACUCAAGACGCCCCACCCAGCAUCUGCGUUACUCCGUACCCAGAGCAGAACGCGGCUAUCCCUUACAAUGAAGCCCUGGAGGCAGACUUGGAGUUUGUCCAGAACGUGAUCAAGAGCAUCCGCUCCAUGCGCUCAGACUAUCAGCUGCCACCCAAGACCAAGAUUGAAGUGUACCUGAAAUGUGCCGACGACGCAACGUCCCAGAUGCUGGGGAGCUACGAGGAGUUGAUCUCCACCAUGUGCAACACCAGCUCUAUCUCUUGCUCGACGACGGACCCGCCCAGCGGCUGUGCCAUGUCCACCGUGUCAGCGCGCUGCGAGACGCAUCUCAUGCUGAAGGGCCAGAUUGAUAUUCCCAAAGAACUCGCCAAGCUGCAGAGCAAGAAAGAGUCACUGAACCAGAAACUGGGGAAACUGACCACAGACGCAAGCAAGUCGGACUACGAGGCCAAAGUACCAGAAAAUGUGCGCACAGAGAACAGUAAAAAGAUGGAGCAGCUGACUGCUGAGAUUGCAACGAUUACGUCCGGUGUGGAAACGUUACUUAAAUUACAAGAUUAGCGCGUCUUGCUUGAGCCUGAUUUAUAGACUCCUCAGUUGUCUGCUUUGUACAUUGUUUAUUUUUAUUUAUGAUAUUUAUAGCAUAGGCAGAAUGUGACUCCCCUUGAGAGAAAGCUCUGUGACAGACUCUCAGAUUUGAAGCGGACUGCUCAGUUUGUGCGCGACAUUGGACGGACUAUCUAGCUGCUGUCAUCGAGAAGGAGGAAGAAGAAAAUUAUUAGUAUAGGGAAUGCCCCAGCUGUGUAUCACUCUGUCAUCCUGUGAGUGCCGCUCGGUGGGAACAGGCAAAGAAAAACAGAUGGGGAAACUGAUGAUUACAUUUAUUAUUACAGCAAUUUUGUACCUGUGUGCUCUACUGAUUCACUGCUGUGUUCUGAACUUGUACAAAAUAUAAGCUUUUAUGGGAGCAACGUUAUUUUGUAUUGCUCUUACUGUUCUAAAGUGUGAAAUUCUUUUUGUCAUAACUCGAGUCUGAGAGAAUUUCUUGAGCUGGGAAAAUGGCAGUAACUGGAAGAUUUCAAUGUUAUUUAAAUUUAAUGUGAAAAAUAUGAUGCAUUGUUUGCCCUUUAUUGCCCUAUGCCACCAUUAGCGGGCAGGAGAUGAGAGAAAAUUUGGUAGAAAGUGAAAGUCGACUACUUUCCUCUCCUUCAUUGUGAGCUUGAUUGCAGCUGCUUAAAUUCUGACAGAUUAUGGAUUUGUUUUGUUUGUUUUUUUAUUGUGCCACUGACAGUGACUUUUAGUAAUGGUUAGGAUUAAGGGUGAAUGUUCAAAAUUCUUCAGAAUUGGUCUCAUUGGCCAUAACAGAAGCCAUAAACCAUCUUGUUAUUCCUUCCUUAAAAAAAAAAAGAAAUUAUAUUCUUCAUCUGCAGAUACAUUGGUCAUGGUCAGAUAUUGCUGGACAAACUGUUAUUCGUUAUGUUCAAACACAGCCUAGGUUGGUGAUGACAUUGGAACCCUCCUCCCAAAUGUAUCAAAUUUUGUUGAGGGGGACAUCAAAGGUUAACCAUCAAUCAUAGUUGUCAGCUUUGAGGCUUCUGUAAGGUUUAAUUUUUUUUUUUUUUCAAUUCUUUUUUUUUGUUUUUGGUUUGCUUUUUUGAAUAGAAGUCUCAGCUUCGUAGUAGCCUCUUUUGGAGGCUAGUAACGCACUUUUCUCUCUCCUUCAAUAUCCAAUUUGUCUUAUAUACUUACUUACAUAGCUGUGUUUAGCUGGUGAGACCAGGAACGUUUUCUUUGAUUUGCUCAUUCCUGUGACCAGACUGGUGUACGUCUCUCGUUGAGCCUCCGUUCUUGCUGCCGUGAUUUGGCUGCUUUGAUUUUUGUCAUCCUGGACAAGUGUAUGAUGAUGUUGGAUUCAGCACAUACGUCUUUGUUAUUUCAAUAAAUAAUCAUGUACAAAAAAUGUACUAUAAUCAUGAGAACACCACCCCCAUCCCCAGGCCUGCGUUAAAUAAAGACAAUGAGAACCCAAAUACUGUGCUCAUUUCGCAUAUAUGCCUAACUCAUGAUUUAUCAGAUGCUCUGUCUAGCCUGUUCUGUAUAACAAGAAGAUCAUAAUUAUAGUCCUGACAUGUAGAUGGCACUGAGUAUAGUAAAUAAGGUGGGGGUCUUUUUGAUAACAUUGCCUCUUGUCGACCUUUCUCGUUUAUCUAACUUUAGAAACAAUGACUAGAAUUAGUAAAUGUAUCAUAAUAUUGCGUCAUCAACAAACAUGUACCUUCGUUUGUUAAUAAUUAAUUAAAUGGUUCAGUCAUCUUUUAGGUAAAGAAUUACUUACUUAUCAUUUCAUCUCUGCAUACAAAUGCAGAAAGCUUGACUUGUCUUAUUUAUAUUAGUUUUGCCUAAGGUUCUCAUGACGCCAUCUGAAAACUCGAGACCCUCAGAUGCACCACGCCUGAAGGUGUCACAUGAUAUUGGAUUGAACGAAAUUGUGCCUUUACUCAAAUCAUUCUUUUUAAUGUCCAGAUAUUGUAUCAGCUUGUCUCUAUAAAAUUGAUAAGCUGCCAGUGUUUUUCGCGAUCAAUUAAAAAAAAUAAAGGGUUACAAACACAGCUGCUUUGAGUUCAGUACCGGAUUGGAAAUGUGACAGUAAGUUGACUUCAGGAUUGCCAGGGUAAUUCCACUUGAACAACUUUUUUGUUUGUUCUUUUCACAAGUGGACCUAGUCACCCCAACCUCUGUGCACCAACGUGCAUGCUCGCUCUCUCUAUUGUUGUUUAGUGUUUAUAAAAUACAAGUCAAAUUGACAUAUUCCACCACUUCGCAGAUGUACUUGUAAUUUUUUUAAACUUUGUUCCUUUUUUUUUCUAGAAUGACAGGAAAUUCCAUUGUUCCUAUAGUGUUGCCAGCCUUUCAUAUUUCGUUUUGCUAGUUUUAAUGAUACAUUGUAAUUAACAUCUGAGGAAAUCUGAGGCACCGCUUGAAGCAAUUUGACUCUACUUUCAAGUCAGCCAUUUUGUAGACAUCUAAUUGUGCUUAUGUUUUCUUGAAACUCGCCAUUGGUGACUGAAUAAAUUGUUUUUGAUCAUAAA